AUGGCUGCCACCGGCGGGAAGCUCAUGCACGCCGUCCAGUACGAGGCCUGCGGCGGUGGGGCCGCCGCACUGAAGGUAGGAUUUUCUUCUUCUUGAAGAAAUGAGGAUUUGCCUGUUUUUUUCUCGUCGUUGCUCGUCUGAUUCGACUGCGUACUUGAAUAGUUGGUGAUGACUGUCUGUUGAAGGAUUAAAAGGCAGGAAGAACUGACAAAUAAUCGGGCGCACUGUUCCUCCACUGAGUGUGAAUAAUCGAAGAGUAUGGUUCUUCUGAUUUUAGAGGACGAACAGAUCACGGAAUCCCAAACCGCGAUAUAUGAGCGGGAUAGGAACUAUUUUCCAGCGAUAAAAACAGAAAAAUGAUCGCCUGAUCUUGUCUCUCCGUCCUUCAUGACGAGAAGCUAUUUUUUUCUAGGGGGAGGGUGCCAUUUUUAUUUGAAAGCUACUGAUUAGGAGGAAAAAAAAAACUUGUAGAACAGAGCAAUCACUGUCUGCAAUCAUUCUCACGAGGAUAGUUAAUGAUUUCUUCAUUGUGAAGAUUUAUCUACGACUCUAGCUUGGUUUGAAAGACUAGAAAAGCGGGAUAAAAUUAUGAAGAAAAAAUGAUCAAGCGCGAGAUAUGCUCCGAUUCUCGACAUGUUUUCGUUUUUUUAUCCAGGUUAUCAAAUAAUGUUUUGUAUGCUUCAACUUCCCUGAAAUAAUUGUUGGCUGGUAUCCUCUUGGCGCAGCACGUUGACAUUCCGAUUCCUUCACCAAAGAAGGAUGAGCUCUUAUUGAAGCUGGAAGCGGCAAGUAUCAACCCGGCUGAUUGGAAGAUCCAGAAAGGGUUAUUACGGCCGUUUCUGCCUCGAAAAUUUCCAUUCAGGCCAGGUAUGAAAAAGGAUUUGACAUCAUAAAUAUUGGUCGGGUUUAAUCUGUUUAGUGGUAAUAACUGGUGAUCAUUAUUACCCGCAAGUCAGUUACUAAAAUCUGUUUAUUUCGUCUUUGUGUGAUGCUUUCAGAGAAGUUAUAGUCCUUCAUUUACUGCGUUGUACAACUCGAAAUUGAAACCAGUAACGUCCUCGUUUUGUUGCCAUUUUUUCUGAUCAAGAUCAAGGAACUCAUACGGAUAUUUAUCUCUUGAAGGCAGCUGUAUAAGCAUAUUUAUUAUCGAUUGUGAGCUGCCUUGGUUAAUUUCUGAUGAUUGAAAGUACUCGGCUCUCUAGAAGGGAUGCUAUAAUAGAUCAAUCACUUUUUUUUUUCACAAAAUCUCAUAAAAAAUGUUGUUUAAUAUGUUCUAGAUUUCUUAAUUCAAUCGAUUUGCAUGUUUUUGCCCUCAAUUGUUCUGGAAAAAAAUUAAUCAAUAUUUCCGUGAGGUUUUUUCUGGAGAGAUUGCUUUCAGUUUUAGCAGAGAAUGUGGAGACAGUUUCAUUAUUGGUGCCAUGAAACCGAAGAAAACCCAAACGCCGUGCCUGUUGCUGUAUAAAGAACCCAUUAAUAUUGUGUUCAAAGGCUCUCGAUUCCCAUGUUGCAGUCACCGAUGUCGCGGGCGAGGUGGUCGAAGCUGGCUCCGGCGUGGACUCUCUGAAACCCGGCGACAAAGUGGUGUCGAUCCUUCCCUAUUCGGUAGGUUCUCACCUCGCAUGUUUACCUUUUUUAUGAUCAUGGAUCUACCAAAAUACAGAAUUAACAACUCUUUUUGGUGCUCUUCCCAAAAUUUCAUCGAAAUUCAACAUAUAGAAAUACACACACCUGUAUAUUUUUAUAUUUUAUAUUUUAUAUUUUAGAGAGAGAGAGAGAGAGAGGGAGAGAGAGGGAGAGAGAGUUUUGAUCUGUGGUUGGACAUGGACAGAAAGGAGGAGGGUUCGCAGAGUAUGCGGUGGCAUCGGCUAGCAAGACGGUGAAAAGGCCAGCGGAGGUGUCCGCCGCCGACGGCGCGGGCUUGCCGAUGGCGGGGCUCACCGCCCUCCAGACCCUGAAGUCCGCCGGAAUCAGGUUCGACGGCGGCGGCGGCGGCGGCGAGAACGCCGCCAACAUCCUGGUCACCGCCGCCUCCGGCGGGGUGGGCGUGUACGCGGUCCAGCUGGCAAAACUGGGCAAAUGUCACGUCACCGCCACCUGCGGAGCGAGGAACCUGGAGCUGGUGAAUAGUCUAGGCGCUGACGAGGUGCUGGACUAUAAGUCUCCCGGCGGCGCCGCCUUGGAGAGUCCCUCCGGGAAGAAGUACGACGCCGUCAUCCACUGCGCCACCGGCAUCCCCUGGUCAAAGUUCGAGCCGACCUUGUCGGAGAAGGGGAAGGUUAUCGACAUCACCCCCAGCGGCGCCGCCUUACUCACCGCCGCCAUCAAGAAGAUCACCUUCUCCAAGAAGCAGCUGGUGCCCUUCUUCUUCAGCCGCAGAGCGGAGGAGCUGGAGUUCUUGUUGGGCUUGAUGAAGGAAGGGAAGCUGAAGUCGGUCGUUGACUCGAGGCAUCCUCUGAGCCAGGCGGAGGCGGCUUGGGCCAAGAGCGUUGACGGCCACGCCACGGGGAAGAUCGUCGUGGAGAUGGGGCUCUGA